UUUAGGGUGCCAUGAGCUGGACUGCUUGCGUGCUGCCCUAUGCAAGAGAGAGAGAGAGAAAAAGUUUCAUGGCAUAAACCUGACAGCUACCGGGUCCUGCCUUCAGGGAGAAAGCCCCCUGCUUUUCACUGGGUGACGCUAGCAAGACCUGGUCAAGGCCAAGGAAGUUUCUGAACUGGCUGAAGUGAGCGGCCCCUCCAAGAGACUGCGGCCGCCAUGGACUGGAAGACCUUACAAGGCCUCCUGAGUGGGGUGAACAAAUACUCCACAGCUUUCGGGCGCAUCUGGCUCUCCGUGGUCUUCGUCUUCCGCGUCCUGGUUUACGUGGUGGCGGCCGAACGAGUGUGGGGGGACGAGCAAAAGGACUUUGACUGCAACCACCGCCAGCCCGGGUGCACCAACGUCUGCUAUGACCACUUCUUCCCCAUCUCCCACAUCCGCCUGUGGGCUCUGCAGCUCAUUUUCGUCACGUGCCCUUCGCUUCUGGUCAUCAUGCAUGUGGCUUAUCGGGAGGACCGGGAGAGGAAAAAUCGGGAAAAGAACGGGGAGAACUGCCCCAAGCUGUACAGCAACACAGGCAAGAAACACGGGGGCCUUUGGUGGACUUACCUUCUCACCCUCUUCUUCAAGCUGGGCAUCGAGAUUGUCUUCCUCUACCUCCUGCACCGGAUAUGGGACAGUUUCGACCUGCCUCGCCUUGUCAAGUGCGACUUGCACCCUUGCCCCAACACGGUGGACUGCUACAUCGCCCGUCCGACGGAGAAGAAGAUUUUCACCUAUUUCAUGGUAGGGGCGUCCGCCUUGUGCAUUGUCCUCACUGUGUGCGAGAUCUUCUACCUGAUCUUCAAGAGGGUGGUCCGCUCGGUCCAGAAGAUGAAGAAGAACAAGAAGUCCCUCACCUACAGCAAAGCGUCUACCUGCCCUUGCCACUCGAGAAUAGAGCAUGAUGGGAAGUUGAAGAACUCCACCGUGGACGCCCUCCGAGCCUCUGCCCCUAACCUCACCUUAAUCUGAGCUGGGUGAGGUAAGGAGGGUCUGUCCAAAAAGGUCAACGACAUGCUUGGAUUAUUUCAUUGGGACGUGGAUGUUUUUGGAACAGGAAACGGGGAAAGGAUGGCAUGAAAGGGGUGAAGUUCCGCCUUUGAGUUGCCAACAAGGGGGAGCCCUGCCACGUUUGUCAGGAAGCGCCGCCAUGCUUGUUGAGGCCUGAAGGCAAGACCAUGGCCUCACCGUCUGUUUACAUGUUAUGGCUCCACGGAACAGGCAUGGUUUGCAUGUUCCAGCAGAAGAAUGGCUGGCCCACCACCAAAGAAAGCUGAACCCCUUUAAAAUCCUAACGGCCAUGCUUUCCCUUUUUAAUUUUUUUUAAAAAAACAAUCUCAGAAAAUACAACAUGAUUCAUUCUAGGCAGUCAACUAUGAGAGUUUGCUCUGUUUUUGCAUAUAUUGAGGUCGUUGGAAGACCCAUUGGAGCCAAUAACCUAUAGCUUUGAAGGGGGGGGAUUGACAUUCAUUCAUUUUCUUAGAGGGUGUGGCAAAAUCCUUCCCCUGGAGGUGGGGGGAGGUUGAGUAAGGAAGUUCAACAAGUGUGCCUCAUGAAGUCCAACCUCUUCGUGAAGGCUGCCAUUUUCUCAAGGGACAAAACAUCUCUUGUUUCCACCCAAAAAAAAAAGCAGCCACAUGGAUCAAACAGAGCUUCUAUAUGUAUUUUUUUUUUAAAGAGGGGAAUAUUUUGCACAAUUUGUAGCCCUGCUCAGAUGAAGGAAUCAGCUUUAUACAUCUCUCCAGAGAAGCUGCUCAAGUGCCUUCUUGUUCUACUGUUUACACAUUCCUUUUACACCAGACAAUGUACUCAAGAAAGGACAUGUUGUUGAGAAAGGUCAAACGAGAGCAUCACCAUAGUAUUCUUCCCUCCAAAUUCCACACAGUCAGUUGUUCUCUCCAACUUCCUGUUGACAGACAGAGGGACCCUCGGACAGAGCUGGCCUUUCCAGGACGGCGUUUAGACUUCCCACCGAAAUCAAACCUAGCUAAAUAUGAGAUUUGAAGGUUCCUCCUCAACUGAGGAGGCUUUUCAUUCAUGUCCUUAGAAGGGUUUCUAAGGACCCUGUAAAACCCUUCAAAGGACGUGGAUUAAAAGUCGAAAGGUUCCUCGGCUGGUGGAGGGAGGGGCACGCCAACAACCAGAGGGGGAAACCCAAAGCGAAAUCCUCAAUUUGCUUUUGGUUGUUGAGUUGUGAGUUCUCUCCUAGGAAAGAACUUCGCUUCUAAGUGAAGUUGCAGGAACCCUGAAGGAAUUUUGAAGGAAACUGAGGUGUCCAGACGAUGGGAGAAAUAUCUCAGGUUGCUAGCGUGCAUCCUCA